CCCUUUCGUUCCCCCCCAGCCUCCUCGUGGCCGUCGCCCCGGGGCUCCCCGCGCUGGCAGGCCGCCGUGGCCCCGGCGCUGGUGCGGAACGGGGUCCGCCUCCGCGGGAACCGCCUGGUGGUGCCGCGGGACGGGCUCUACUUCGUCUACGCCGCCGCCGCCUUCCAGGGCUCGCGCUGCGGGGCCGGGGGCGGCCCGCGGCGGCCGCUGCGCCUGGCCGUGUCCCGCCUGUCCCCCGAGUACCCCCGGGACGUGCCGCUGCUGCGGGCGGCGCGCUCGCCCUGCCGCGGGGGCGGGGGGCUCUGGGCUGAGACCCUCUACCAGGGCGCCGUGUUCCAGCUGCGCCGCGGGGACCAGCUGGCCGCCACCACCUCGCCCGGGAGGUUCCUGGACCUGCACGGGCCAGGGCAGGCGUAUUUUGGGGUGCUGGGGGUGGAUUAGGGGG